GAUUAAUUACCAUGUGGAGAUCACGACUCCACAUCACAUCUUACGCAACAACAGUUAAUUAAAGAGCUAAGUUUUCCAAGUUGAUCUUCGUGUCUAUAUUACUUUUAUUGCUGGCAGACCAUGCUAUAUACAUAUAUAUAUAUAUACUCUGACCCUUCCAAAUAUAUAUUCGUAGAAAUUAAGGUGGAAAAAAAAAAAACACAAUAUGGCUGCAACCAACAAACUGAGCACUACUCUUCUUCUCCUCCUUGUGAUUGCAACAGCUUUUGUGGGACUCCAAUCCGCAAAUUAUGUGAAAGCACAAAAAAUUUGUCCACAAUAUUGCUUGGACGUGGAGUACAUGACCUGUGGGUCUUCCUGUGAAAGGCUUGAGCCCAAAUGCAAUUGCUGCUUGGCUCCAGAAGGCUGCACUCUUCACUUGGCCGAUGGAACUUCUGAGUACUGUGGAAAUACCACAUGAAUCCUAUCCUAACUAUAUAUAUAUAUAUAUAUAUAUAUAUAAUUCCUUUCUUAAUUAAUAAUUGUUAAAAAUAAUGGGAAGGAUUUGAUGCAGAAUAAGUACACGUGAUCAUAAUGAUCAUGUGCAGUGAAUUAGUAAUAACAGUGGAGACUUCAUUCUCUCUCUUUGUAAUGUGUUGUAAUCUGUAUACAGUUUACAUAUUUAUUUAUUAUUUGUGGUAGUGUUUAACUUUA